AUGGAAUGUAUCUUUCUCAGUAAUGCAUGUUCCUUGCAUCGGAAUAAUGCAUGGCAACAAUGGCAUGCAUUGAUUCUGAAAUAUGCCAUAGCUCGAACCAAUUUAAGUGGUUGUGAGAAUGUUAGUGAUACCCCUCUUUCAAGCUGCUUUAACCAGUACUAUGAAGCUCUGAAGUGUGUCUUAAAAGCCACAAGACUUGCCAAAAAUAUCAGAAAGUGGUUUUGCGAUGGGCAUCUACACAACAAAGACCUUUCUUACAGAUUUACAGGUAAGGAAUUCAAAAUAAUGAGCAACAACUUCAUGAAACUCAUUAAUUCUCUCAGUUUAAAUGAUGAUCAAUCUACUCAUAUAUUUAAAUUGCACAUAUUUGCAAUUAUUGCUGUUAACUUGAGGGAUGCUGUUUCUCUAUUCAGUAGAAUUAAUAUUACUAAUGAAGAGGUUAUAUUGCUGAAAAAGGUAUCCGGUAAGUAUUUUAGGGCUUGUGCAUUAUUUGCAUCUGUCACACAAACCACUUGGACCAUCGGUCAUGUUGUUCCAAAUCACACACACCAAGCUAAGCAACAACUGGGCUAUGGGCUCGGUAUGAAUAGUAUGGAAGGUCGAGAGACGAAACAUAUUUCACUUGCUAAGUUUGCACGUAACACUCACCACUCGACUCGUUGGUUGCAGGUGUUCAGACAUGAAUAUAUCUCCCUUCUUUGGCUUAGAGAGAAUGGCUGUGAUUCAGCCAAAUACACAACUACUAGGAACAAAUACAUCCCUGCAAGAUGCUACACUGCACAGUUUUGUCAUUGUGGGCAACCGAAGGUAAGUGAACAGCCAAAAUGUGACUUUUGCAGUCAUUCAGUUCAUCAAAUUAUUAAUGAUUCCAUCAAUCAAGGUAAGAUAACAGCUGAGGCUAGGAAAUUGGGUUGUUGCGCAUUAUAA